GUUGAAAUCUUUAGACCCAAAAAUUCAAAAUUCGAAUAGAUCCGAACCGAACCCGAAUGGGUACCAAUACGCGGCCCAUCCUUAGGCCAAGUAGUCGGAUUGGAUCUCAAAGUUAUUGAACUUACUAAAAACCAUUAAAACUAUCAAAAUCUAUAAACCAGCCAUAUAAAUAAAAAAUAGUUUAUAUUUAUAAUGUUUUAUGUAUCAUAUUUAUUUAUAUUUUAAUUAUGUAUCAUAUUUUCUCACAUCACUUUUAAAUUUAUAUAUCUAGAAAUAUUGAACCAGAUUAUUGAAUCAUGUUUGACCUGAUCAAAACAUACUAAACCAUAAUCCAAAUAGAUAUCUGGUUCGGCUUCCGGUCUGGUUUUAAAACAUUGGUUUUGAUUGAUUAAACAUGAUUCUGAUGAUUUUUUUAUAUUUGCAUAAGGCAUACUAUUAUACUACUGCUAACAUAUAUUUGUAACUAUAUAUUUUGUGCAUGUACGUACUAACUUAUAAGAUUAGGUAAUGCAUUAUUUUGUUAUUACAUUCUAGACAUUUUUAAGAACUUUUAACUGCAUAAAAGUUAAUCGUAUGAACCAAAACUAAGAUGAUAAAAUGCCUUAAACGACAUGAUUAGGUAUGGAUAUGUGAAAGUUUGAGAAUUAGAAUGGCCGUUCGUUGCAUAAAAAAAUAUAGAUAUGCAUAUCGGAUUUAGUUUGGUUCUUAUAGGAUCAAUGUCUUUAGAAUUUUAGAGAUUUGGAUCCUAUAGGCACCUGCAAAUUUUUUAUUCAGUCUUGAAUCAGUUAUAUUGAUUUCAGAUUGGUUCAAAUUAAUUACAAAACCGUUUAAUACCUAUUUCUUUAAUACCUAUUUCUGUUGGUAUUGGUUCAUUCUGAAUAUUUAGUAUUAGAAUAUCCAAAAAUAUAAAAUUCAGUGUUUUACCCAAUAAAUGAAACUAUCUCUGAAUAUUUGAACCUAAUUUUUUUUUAAAAUAUUGAAAAUAUUAAUAUGUAUACAAUUUUGAGUUAUUUGCGUAUUACAUCAAGUUUCAGGCAAAUCUAAACCGAAAAUCAUAAGGCCUAACGAAAAUAUCCAACAACGUACAAAUUUGUUUUUUGGGUUGGUUCCAAGUUUUAUCAACGAAUCCGGAUAAACUAUCUAAACCGAGACAUAUCAUACUUAAUGCUUGUAUCGGAGGAUCUUAGAGAAAUUUUAAAACGACAUGAUUUUAUGUUUCGAUAAUUAUGUUAAAAUUGCUAAUUAGCCCGUACUUUUUCUAAUUCAGAAUAUGUGAUAUUUAAAGUUUUGCACAUCAAUUAAGAAAUUACUAAAUUUUAUUCAAGUAAUUUUGUUUGAAUAAAAACAACAAUAAUUAUAAGUAAUUCAACCAAUAAAAAUUAUAUUGCAUAUUAUAAAUGGUUACAAACAUCAAAUUACAUUUAGUUUAAACAGUAAAUUUGAAAACAUCACUUAAACUGAAAAAAACUUAAAACAUCUUUGAAAAAUGAAACAGGGGAAGUAUCUAACUACAAAUAAGGACUAGUGUAAUCUUUCUUUUUUUUUUUGAGAAAGAGGACUAGUGUAAUCCUAAAUCACAAUUUUUUUCCAAAAUGAAAAAAAAAUAUUGGGUUGGGCCGUUAAUGUGGGGUUAACUAUAGCUUAAUGCUUGUAAAUUUUUUUUUUUUUUUUUGCAAUUAAAUAUGAAUGCCUUUAGUCAAAAAAAAAAUAUAUAUUUCUUUAAGGAGAAUAUUUGUUAAUGUAGUAUAUUGUUUGAUAUACCAUCAAAGAUAAUGUUUGUCUGAUCUUUGACUCGUUCUACUUCCUAGUUUCCUUCCCGAGGCGGAUUUGGUUUUCAUAUACGUUCUUCUGCAUGCAUACGUGAGCUUUGAAUUACAAAAUGCACGCUGAACAACAAACAGUUUCUAACUACUGUAAACGACACCAAACCUUUUUCUUAUAGACUACAUGCCGUUUUUACUUAAAAACGGCAUAAAGUUUUGCCCUUAAAUCCUACUACCACUCAUCGGACCCCACUUUUCUCCUUACGUCAACAUCUCGAUAGCUUAGCGAAGAACAGCGGUUGAUCUUUCCGAAGAGUUAACUGUAAGAAAGAUGAACUUCCGCAAUCUGAUAGCCUCCGGCUCCCGCCUCGGGAAGAGGUUCUGCGCAACGGUCUUCUCUCCGGCGUCUUCCGCCGGCGUCGUCGAGUCCUCUGUUUCCGCUUCUCCGACGGCGGCGUCACGGCAGCGAGAGAUCUACAAGAAGCUCUCCAAGCUCAGCGUCACGGGAGGGACAGUGACGCAGACGCUGAAUCAGUUCAUCAUGGAAGGCACUCCCGUCAGAAAAGACGAUCUCUUUCGCUGCGCCAAAGACCUUCGCAAGUUCCGCCGCCAUCAACACGCCCUCGAGAUCUUUGAUUGGAUGGAGAUGAGGAAGAUGACGUUAUCAAUCGCCGACCACGCGAUUCGUUUGGAUCUGAUCGCAAAGACUAAAGGCUUAGAAGCUGCGGAGAGCUACUUCAACGGUUUAGAUCCUUCCACGAAGAGUCAUCAGUCUACUUACGGAGCGCUAAUGAACUGUUACUGCGUGGAGCUCAAGGAAGAGAAAGCAAAGUCUCAUUUCGAGAAAAUGGAUGAGCUUAACUUCGUUAACAAUACGCUGCCGUUUAACAACAUGAUGUCAAUGUACAUGCGGUUAGGCCAGCCAGAGAAGGUACCUGUGCUUGUUGAUGAGAUGAAAAAGAGGGAGAUAUCUCCUUGUGGGAUCACUUACUCUAUAUGGAUGCAGAGCUGCGGAAGCUUAAACGACUUAGAAGGGUUAGAGAAGGUUAUUGAUGAGAUGAACAAAGACAGUGAAGCUAAAACCACUUGGAACACUUUCUCUAGCUUAGCUGGGAUCUACACCAAAGCUGGUCUUCACGAGAAGGCGGAGUCAGCUCUGAGAACCAUGGAGGAGAAGAUGAAUCCUAACAACCGAGACGCGCACCAUUUUCUCAUCAGCUUGUACGCCGGAAUCUCGAAGGCUUCCGAGGUUGAGCGAGUUUGGGAGUCGCUGAAGAAGGCUCGUCCUGAGGUCAACAACAUUAGCUACUUAGUCAUGUUGCAAGCUCUGAGUAAGCUAGGUGAUAUAGAUGGGGUUAAGAGGGUCUUCACUGAGUGGGAAUCCAAAUGCUAUGCUUACGAUAUGAGGCUGGGGAAUAUAGCAAUCAACGCGUAUCUCAAAGGAGGUAUGUAUCGAGAAGCGGAGAUGAUUAUGGAGGGAGCGUUGAAGAAGUGCAAAGGGCCUUUUUCGAAGUCGAGACAGCUUCUGAUGGUUCAUCUGUUGGAGAAGGGUGAAGCUGGUUUGGCUAUGAAGCAUUUGGAAGCAGCAGCUUCUGAUUUGGUAGAGAAUAGAGAUGAUGAGUGGAGCUGGAGCUCGGAGCUAGUGAGCUUGUUUUUCCUUCACUUUGAGAAAGCUAAAGAUGUGGAAGGAGCGGAGGAGUUGUGCAGGAUCUUGUCCAAGUGGAGACCUCUUGACUCUGAAACAGUGACUUUUCUUAUAAAGACUUAUGCAGCAGCUGAGAAGACUUGUCCGGACAUGCGUGAGAGAUUGUUCCGAGAGCAGAUUGAAGUAAGCGAGGAGAUGCAAGACUUGCUUGAAACUGUUUGUCCUCAAAAUUAAGUAAUUUAGUCAUACUCAAAAGUGUCAAGUCUCUUUUUUAUGAGUUUAAGCUUCUUGUCAACCAAUAGAUUGUGUUUUGUUUAAUCCAAAUCCAACAACAACCUAUUUGCUAAUUGUGGACUGUUAUUGUUAUUAGUGACACCAACAAAGACUGGCAAAAUUUAUAUUUUUA